AUCUCAUUUUUACGUUAGUUUUAAUCUCAUCGCUCGACCUAAGGAACCUUGAGAUUCACUUGGAACAAUCGGAGUUUACAGUAAAUGAUUAGCUGCCCAGCCCUUUGAGACGAUUGGGACAAAAAAUCACCCCAGCCAGCCUGUGCUGCAGUUUUAGGCAACCCAGUAUUUUUGGUGUACCUUAAAACAUGCUUGGCAAGAAAAUUACUUGACUUGAUCCAGCAUUUCAAAAAAUCUACAUCAGCUAAUGAGAGCUAUCACUCCUCAUUGCCGCCAUUUCUCAACAGCCAAUCAACUAAAAAACUUAGCUUCAUCAUCACCCCCAAAACCUGAAUUUUAUCCACCUAUCCUCAAUGAAGAUUUUUGUGGUAAAAUAUUGGACCGAUACCCAGAUAUCAAAACACUAAAAAAACUCCAUUCCAAGAUAUUCAAUGACCAACAUCUUCGCUUCAACCUAUCUCUUGCCAUCAAAUUAAUGAGAGCCUAUGCUGUUUGCAGGGAGCCAACACUCACACGCCACAUAUUCGAUGAAAUUACUGAAAAGAACAUCGUUUUUUUUAACGUCAUGAUAAGAAGCUAUGUAAACAACCGUUGCUAUCACGAUGCUCUUCUUAUAUACAAAGAAAUUUCUAGUCAUGGUUUUAGCCCUGAUCAUUAUACUUACCCAUGUGUCUUAAAGGCAUGUUCCGGAUCAGAUAAUUUGCGGGUUGGUUUGCAAAUUCAUAGUGCUGUGGUCAAAGUUGGUCUUGACUUGAAUCUUUUUAUAGGGAAUGGGCUGAUUUCUAUGUAUUCAAAGUGUAGAUGUUUGGUCCAAGCGAGGCGAGUUCUUCAUGAAAUGCCAAUUAGAGAUGUGGUUUCUUGGAAUUCAAUGGUUUCUGGGUACGCUCAAAAUGGAUGUUUUGAUAAAGCUUUGGAUGUUUGUAGGGAAAUGGAGUUAUUGAGGAUAAAACCGGAUGCUGGGACUAUGUCCAGCCUCUUGCCAGCUGUGACUAACACUUGUUCUGAUAAUAUUUUGUAUGUUACAGAAAUGUUUUGGAAGUUGGCUAGAAAGAGUUUGGUUUCUUGGAAUGUGAUGAUUGCGGUAUUUGUGAAUAAUUCGUUGUCAAGUGAAGCCGUUGAUUUGUAUUCACAGAUGGAAGCAUAUGGGAUACAACCAGAUACUUUUACUAUUGCUAGUAUCCUUCCAGCAUGUGGAGAUCUUUCAGCCAUUUUUCUAGGAAGACAAAUUCAUGAAUAUAUAGAGAGGAAGAAACUCCUUCCGAAUUUGUCAUUGGAGAAUGCAUUAAUUGACAUGUAUGCAAAGUGUGGAUGCUUACAAGAAGCAAAGGCAGUGUUUGAUCAGAUGAAGUUUCGGGAUAUUGUGUCCUGGACUUCUAUGAUCUCAGCAUAUGGGAUGAGUGGCCAAGGUUACAGUGCUGUGGCCCUUUUCUCUGAAAUGCAAAACUCUGGUCUGACUCCAGAUUCUAUUUCAUUUGUCUCAGUUCUUUCGGCUUGUAGCCAUGCAGGAUUACUGGACCAGGGGUGGUAUUUCUUUAACUUGAUGACAGACCUGCAUAAGAUUCUUCCAAGGGUAGAACAUUUUGCUUGUAUGGUAGACCUACUUGGACGUUCUGGGCAAGUAGAGGAAGCCUAUAAUUUCAUCAGACAGAUGCCAAUAGAACCUACUGAGAGGAUAUGGGGAACUUUGUUGGGUGCCUGCUGGAUGCACUCUAACAUGAAUAUUGGGCUUCUUGCUGCUGAUCAUCUUUCUCAAUUAGCACCUGACCCAUCUGGUUAUUAUGUCUUGUUAUCAAACAUAUAUGCAAAGGCUGGUAGAUGGGAUGAUGUUACAACUGUUAGAUCAAUCAUGAAGAGCAAAGGGAUCAAGAAAAUGGCUGGUGCUAGCAAUACCGAGAUCAACAAUCAGGUUUAUACCUUUCUUGCUGGUGAUCAGUCACAUCCACAGUCCAAGGCAAUCUAUGAAAAAUUAGAUUUUCUACUGGGGAAGAUGAAAGAGGCAGGUUAUAUCCCUGAAACUCACUCUGCACUUCAUGAUGUGGAGGAGGAAGACAAGGAAUGCCAUCUGGCUGUUCACAGUGAGAAGUUGGCUAUUGUCUUUGCCAUUUUAAAUACUAAACGUGGGACACCUAUUAGAAUCACCAAGAAUCUUCGUAUAUGCGGGGACUGCCAUAUUGCUGUUAAGCUCAUUUCACAAAUUGCUGAACGUGAAAUCAUAGUCAGGGAUACUUAUCGGUUUCACCAUUUCCAGAAUGGUGUUUGCUCAUGUGGAGAUUACUGGUGACCAAUUUGGAAAAGUGCUCCUGAAUUUGCAAGAUACUGGACUAUAAGUAACAGAAAUCAGUUGUCCUUCAUUUAAAUCAGGUUUGGCAUGACUUGGUUGUAUGUUGGUCUUGACACUGCGACUGCCGAUGCCAUGAUUGUAUCAAGGGACUGAAUUUGGGACAAAGUGAACAUUGAUUAUCCUAAAUUGACAGCAUUACCAUAGUUGCUGAUCCUAGGUCUGGUCAGUAGCCAUACCUUGCUUUAGCAUAGGCCCCAAAAAUUUUAUAGAAUAGAUUCCUGUCUAAAUCUAUAAGAGUGUAAGACCAUUUUGAUCAUCUUUUAAGUGGCCUUCUCUCGUCAUAGCAAUUAAAGGGGAAUGGUCGGUUCAGUGUCCUGAAGCCUUCAUGAUUGAAAUAGGGUAUGGCUUAAUUGUGAGCUUUGACAUCAGGUUCAAAAUGCUGUUCAUCUUGAGAGGUAGGACUUAACAGCCAUAUCCUUGUGUCUUGAUGUACCGUGAUAGAAACUAAAUUUGCAUAUACCCAGUCAAGUGACCAUCUCCAUCAGGUUAGUUCAAACUGCACUCCACUUGUCACCUUUGGGCAUCCCAGGCAGAGCGAGGUUGGCAGGUUCAUGUUAGUCAUAUGUCUGGCUGGCAGAUGGGUGAAGACUGCAAGAAGAGUUACCACUGCUCUACCAGUACUGUAGCAAUAGAGCCGUAUAUUAGGGACUGUCAGAUGACCUGAAACUUGCAUGUCAUCGCAGGAAGUGGAACUUAAUGGUUGUUACCUUUAUGCUAAUUUGGCAAAUGAAUAUCUAGAACAUCAUUGAUUAUUUAUUGCAGGAACUGUCUGCGCUGUACUCCUAUCAAUCUAGAUUUUAUUUUAAUCAAGCAUUAGACCCGCGCUUAGCUGUGGAACAAUUUUUAUUUUUUAAAAUUAUAUUUUAAA